GGGGAGCGGAUCACAACGCAGCCGGGCCCUGCCUGCGCCUCCCAGAGGUGUGACGGGAGGCGGCGCUUGCCCAGACAUGGAGUCGCAGCUCUAGGUGGGCGGCGGCCUGUAAGCAGCGUCCCGGGCCGCGAGAGGCUUGGCGCCGAGCGCUGGGCGGGGAGGAGAGGGGCCGAGCUAAUAUGGCCACCCCCGCCAAGGGGAAGAGCCUGAGGCCGCUGUACCCGGACACGCUGCGGCCACCAAAAAUCAACCUUAAUAUGGAAGAUGAGGUACAAUUUGUGGCAAUGAGAAAAACCCUGAAAGUCACAAAGCCUCGUUUUGAUGCAUCUCUGGUUUACCUGACCCGAAAAUUCAUGGAUCUUGUCAAAACUGCUCCAGAUGGUGUUCUUGAUUUGAAUGAAGUAGCAACAACUCUGGGGGUACGAAAACGAAGAGUAUAUGACAUCACCAAUGUGUUGGAUGGAAUCCACCUAAUUCAGAAAAGAUCUAAGAACCUUAUCCAGUGGGUAGGAUCUGAUCUCGAUCAGAUUGCUGGAAAGGCAUCAGAGCAACAAAAGCUUAGAGAUGAACUUUCUGAUUUAUCAGCAAUGGAAGAAGCUCUGGAUGAAUUAAUUAAAGACUGUGCUCACCAGUUGUUUGAAUUAACAGAUGAUACAGAAAACACAAAACUAGCUUAUGUGACGUAUCAAGAUAUUCAUAGCAUUAAGGCCUUUCAAGAACAGAUUGUUAUGGCAAUCAAAGCUCCAGAAGAAACAAAACUAGAAAUACCAGCUCCUAAAGAAGAUUGUAUAGAAGUACGUAUAAAGAGCACAAAGGGACCCAUUGAUGUAUAUUUAUGUGAAGUGGAGCAAGAUAACCCGGGUGCCAAAACUUUUGAAGAUAUGGAUACUCUGACAUCAGAAACUAAAUCAUCAGAACCUCUUGAUGAAGAGUGAGAUCCCCUAAAUCAACUCGAAGGGUGAAGAACCAUUAGAACGCCAAGUCCUGAGCAGAUUAUCAUGAAUAUCUGUGCUGCAGAAUUCCCUAAGAGAGCCACUUGGAACUAUGAAUAUGCUGAACUUGUAAUACUCUCAAAUGUUUUUCAAACUUAAAAUGGGAAUAAUUCAGUUGUUGAGUGCUUUCACACGAUUAUCUUCAAUUGCUUCAGUCUAAAAGAAGGCAAAUCAAGGAGCCGUUUUUAGGAGCUUUGUUUCUACACUUGUGCAUAAUCUGCAGUGUUUGGGGAAAAUGGCCUUGUUUUUACUGUUUUUGUUAAAUAAUUUGAAUGAUAAUAAAUAUGGACAAGAAAUUACUUCAAAACAUGAAGAUUCUUUAAAGCUACAUCUGGAACAAAACACCAAAACAUGAUCCUGCAAGAAUAUAGGUAAUAAAGAAAUGCACUUUUAAUUCUGAAGCUGCACUGUCACUAAACAGGAUUGUUAAAUAUAAUAUUAGAAUCAAGAACUGGAGUACUGCAAGACUUUUCUUACCCAUAAGGAGUAUAAGACAAGUAAACAUGAAAAAGUGAAGCUAUGCCUUGCACUGUGUGGAUGCUGUUUCUAUCUAACUCAGUAUGUAACUCUAGUGUGAACAAUGAAGUUAAAGGCAUGGCUUUUGUGUAUGUAUCUAUAUCUUGUUUAGAUAGUCACUGAUGGAGAUUGACAGAAUGAAUUGCACUUCUGCCUUUGUACAGCAAAAACUGAAAUAAACUUGUAAAUAUAAAAAGUGGUCAGUC